UCCGCCGGCACCCGCGACCGCGCGCCCUACGAGGCGGUGCUGACCCACGGCUUCGUGCUCGACGAGGACGGCCGCAAGAUGUCCAAGUCGCUGGGCAACGUGGUCAGCCCGCACGACAUCAUCGGCCAGGACGGCGCCGACAUCCUGCGGCUCUGGGUGGUCGCCUCCGACUACUCGGAGGACAUCCGCAUCGGCCAGCACAUCCUCAAGCAGCUCAAGGACAGCUACCGGCGCUUCCGCAACACCCUGCGCUACCUGCUCGGCGCCCUGGCCGACUACCGCGAGGAGGCCGAGGCCCUGCCGGUCGAGCAGCUUCCCGAGCUGGAGCGCUGGGUGCUGCACCGCCUGUGGGAGCUCGACCGCAGCCUGCGGCGCAACGUCGACGACUUCGACUUCCACGCCGUCUAUCAGGAGCUGCACAGCUUCUGCGCCGUCGACCUCUCGGCCUUCUACUUCGACGAAGCCUGGGGCCAGCGCGGCAAGGCGCCGGACUCGGUCCACCUGCGGCUCUUCCCCGAGGUGCCCGAGGGCUGGCGCGACGACGCCCUGGCGGCCAAGUGGGCGCGCAUCCGCCAGGUCCGCCGGGCGGUCACCGGGGCGCUGGAGCUGGAGCGCGCGGAAAAGCGCAUCGGCGCCUCCCUGCAGGCCCACCCCAAGGUCUGGGUCGACGACGACGAGGCCAAGGCGGCGGUCGACUCCAUCGACUUCGCCGAGGUCUGCAUCGUCUCCGGCAUCGACGUGGUGGCCGGCGACGGGCCGAGCGACGCCUACAGCCUGGAGGAGGUGCCCGGCGUGUGGGUGGUGCCGCACCUGGCCGAGGGCGAGAAGUGCCAGCGCUGCUGGAAGGUGCUGCCCGAGGUCGACGCCGUGCCCGAGACCUCCAAGCCCGGCGCCCGCGGGCGGCUGCUGCCGCCCGCGACGCUCGCCCUGGCCGCGGCGGUCACCCUGGCCGACCAGAUCGCCAAGGGGCUGGUUUUGGAGCGGCUGCAGCCCGGCGAGUUCCUGCCGGUGACCGGCUUCUUCAACCUGGUGCUGACCUUCAAUCGCGGCGUCGCCUUCGGCCUGCUGGCCAGCGACUACUGGUGGAAGCCCUACCUGCUGGCCGGCAUCGCGCUGGCCAUCGUCGCCGGCCUGCUGGCCUGGCUGCGCAGUCAGACCCGCGCGCUGCCGCGUCUGAGCGCCGGGCUGAUCGUCGGCGGCGCGCUGGGCAACGUGAUCGACCGCUUCACCCAGCCCGGCGUGGUCGACUUUCUGGACUUCCAUCUCUCCGGCUAUCACUGGCCGGCCUUCAACCUGGCCGACUGCGCCAUCGUGGUCGGCGUCGGCCUGACGAUGAUGCGUCGGACCCGCCUUCUCUGCCUGGCCCUGGCCGCGGUGACGCUGGCCGGCUGCGGCGGCGUGCGCGAGCAGUUCGGCCUCGACAAGCAGUCCCCCGACGAGUUCCGCGUGGUCUCGCGCGCGCCCUUGACGGUGCCGCCGGAGUUCGCGCUGCGCCCGCCCCGGCCCGGCGCGGCGCGCCCGCAGGUGGGCACCCCGACCGACCAGGCCCGGCGCACCGUGUUCCGGCUCGGCGACCAGCAGCCGAGCGUGCGCGAGGUGAUGCCCGACGACGGCCGCUCCCUGGGCGAGCGCGCCAUCCUGGUCGAGGCCGGCGCCGACGAGGCCGAGCCCGACAUCCGCCAGGUGGUCGACCGCGAGACCCAGCGCGUCAACGAGGAAAGCCAGGAUUUCCUGGAGGCGCUGAUCUUCUGGCGCGACGCCCAGCCGAGCGGCGACAUCGUCGACGCCGAGGCCGAGACGCGCGUCAGCGCGUCCGGCGGUCGCAGAUCGCUCUCGAGCAGGCUGUCAGAGCAGGCUGUGAUCGCAUGGCCCCGCGCCGGCGGGCCUGCCGGCGCGGGGCAACGCUCCGAGGCGCUGCGGCGCCCGGCCGGCGGCCGCUCAACUCAGGUCCAGGGCGUGGGCCUUGAGAUCGGCCAGGCGGCAGACCUCGAGGGCGCGCCUGUGGGUCGCCCGCAGGCUGACCGGCGGCGCCACGCCGGCCUCGAAGGCCUCCUGCCAGCGCGCGGCGCAGAGACACCAGCGGUCGCCCGGCCGCAGGCCGCGGAAGGCCCGCUCCGGCCGCGGCCGCGAGAGGUCGUUGCCCCGGGCCUUGGCAUGGGCCAGAAAGGCUUCCGUUAUUUCGGCGCAGACCGUGUGCAGGCCCCGGUCCUGGGGACCGGUAUCGCAGCGGCCGUUGCGGUAGAAGCCCGUCAGGGGGUCGCUGCAGCAGCCCUCCAGCGGCUCGCCCAGCACGUUCUCGCGUUCACCGUGACAUGCGAAAAAAUGCGCGCACGCCGGCCAAGGGACGGCCGCGCCCAGCUUCGGCUCUUCCCCGGCGAUCCUGCCGCAUUUCCCGCAAUCGACGAGAUGUCUCAUGAUGCCGCCCUCUUCCAAUUGGGGAUGGACUUGGAUCGAGGUUCAAGCACCACCCAGGAGGAAGUACCCUCUGACGCUCUCUCCACCUCGGAGGAGCGGAAGGACCAUUUCAUCGUGCGCGACGGCAAGGAGUUUGCCGGCACGCAUCUGAUCGUCGACCUCUGGGGUGCCAAGCGCAUCGACGAGCUCGAUCACGUCGAGGCGGUGCUGACGCGCUGUGUCGAGCAGGCCGGCGCGACUCUGCUGCAUAUCCACCUGCACCACUUCACGCCGAACGACGGCAUCUCCGGCGUGGCGGUGCUGGCGGAAUCGCACAUCUCGAUCCACUCCUGGCCGGAGCGCGACUACGCCGCGCUCGACAUCUUCAUGUGCGGCGACGCGCAGCCGCACCAGGCCGUCGAGGUGCUGCGCGAGGGCUUCGCGCCGAGCUACGUGGCCGCGGAGGUGCUGUUCGAGGAAAAAUCCGCGCACCAGCACCUCCAGCUCUUCCGCAACGCCACCUUCGGGCGGGUGUUGACCCUCGACGGCGUCGUGCAGACCACCGAGGCCGACGAGUUCAUCUACCACGAGAUGCUGGCCCACCUGCCGAUCCUGGCGCACGGCGGCGUCGCGCGCGUGCUGAUCAUCGGCGGCG